AUGGACCCGUACCCGUCAAAUGGGUCCGUAUGGUCGUCCAUUGUCCCCAACGAUACAUCAUGGUCGAACAACAGCAACGGCAGCAGCCCCACCAGCAGCAGCACACGGCCACCGAUUAAACAUGCCGGCCUAUUACUAAUCGUAAUCCCAAUGGUUACCAUACUUGGAAAUUUGCUCGUUAUCAUAUCGGUGCUACGAUAUCGAGCACUACAAACUGCUAUUAAUUUUCUUAUUCUUGGUCUUGCUGUCGCUGAUCUCUUAGUCGCUUUAUUCGUUAUGCCUUACGCUGUUUAUGUGCACGUGCAACGGGGUGAAUGGUACAUUGGGAAUUUGAUGUGCGACAUUUAUAUGGCAUCGGACGUAGCCUGCAGUACAGCAUCUAUACUACUUUUGGCUAUAAUUAGUUUCGAUAGGUAUCGAGCGGUGAGUCGACCGAUACAGUACUCUCGUCAAUCGCAAAAUAUUCGUCGAGUAUUUGCAAUGAUUGGUGUUACAUGGGUGAUAUCGUUGUUGGUCGCUAGUCCUAUGGUAUUCGGUGUUAACGUCCGACCACCGGACGCAAAUCCACAUGAAUGUCGUUUCUAUAACGCGGAAUUCUCCAUUGGUUCCUCGAUCAUCUCGUUUGUGAUUCCAUGCAUUCUGGUUCUAUUCGUCUACAUACGAAUCCUGGUCGCGCUAAAGAAACGUGAAAAAGCUGCAAAGAUGCGUCGAUUGAAGAAUUUACAAGCGGGAACAAGCUCAACGACCCGUACGGUGAGUAGCGAAGACGGCGAUGAGGCCGGGCGUAUCGUUACGGGACCAGUGAUGAACGUGAUGAUGAUGGCUCUACCGUCAAUGACACGACAUAUGCGACGAUUCGAGCGACAUCGUGAAGCGCUCGAAGCGGCAGAGGAAAACGAAUGUGCCGCAUCGAAUACACCACGAUCAAGCGUGGAUUCGUUGUCCGACAACGCAAAUAUCGUCACCAAUGAUUUCAUUUCUGAAGGAUUCACUUUUUCAAGAAAAUCUUCUAACGGUGACGAUUCACAAAUAACAUCGUCACAAAAUUCAUCAGGAGAUUCUCGACCAAAAUCAAAAUCAAAAAAGCGCCAAUCGCAUAGAAAUCCGCGGAAUGAAUUGACGACUUCAGAACACGUGCUGGAGCAAAGUCGUAGCAAUGAUGCUAUUCUGCCUUCAAUCUUACGGCAAAUCUCUCGUCGAAGUCCUCGAAUAUUCCGGAAAGUCGCAUCACCGGAGACUGAAACGAUGGUGCUUGCCAAUCAAAUGGUACAGUAUAAUCCAGAUGGAUCAAAGAUGAAACCAGGGAAACCAGCAUCGGGAAAAAAUGAAAGUGAACCCAUAUCACCGGCACAAACGGAUGCUGCUCAUUAUAGUAGAAGUACAACGGCUAAUAGCGGCGAACUUCUGACCUCACCAGAAGACUGCGGAGCGACCACGUUUGAGAAUCCAGUUGUCGAGACUCCAACGGACUCACAGCACACGGUUAAAUUUGCUAUGCUUGUACGUGAAAUGUCCGAUAUUCCCACAAUGGACAUGGAAAGAAAAUCCUCACAAGCACAGAAGCCUACACAACUCUCGGUCGAAGAAAAACCACUCUCCGUACGGAUUCUCGAAAAAUCCACAACAACAGACGAAAAUGACCAAGGAAAACGAUCCGAAACUACCGAAAAUUCUCAGAAGAAAACCUCCCUUAAGUCCACCGAAUCCCAGCAACAAUCAUUCAAAAGUGUCCGAAAUGGAAUUGCCAGCAAAAUUGCAAAAAAGACACUUAGACAUGAGCAAAGCUUAAAAAGGAAGGUCUCAAAAUCGCAACGAAAAGAGAAGAGAGCGACAAAGACUCUUGGUGUCGUAGUCGGUGUGUUUCUCAUCUGUUGGGUACCGUUCUUCUUCAUCAACAUUGUCAACGCAGUUUGUAUACUACUAAAUAAGGAAUUUUGCCAGGUCGGCUUCGAUCUCUUCUUUUAUUGCACUUGGAUCGGUUACAUGAACUCUUUCAUGAAUCCAAUUAUCUACACGAUUUUUAACACGGAAUUUCGUCGAGCAUUCAAAACGAUUCUCAUUGGGAAGACAAGCCAUGAACGCGGCAGUUCACCAGUCCCGUCAGUCGGUGAGACUGUCGCCUUGAAUCGAAAGACCUGUGAGGCUGGUAUGAGGUGCAAUCCGAGCGUAGCAGCAUUACAGAUUACCAUCAUAUCCAUCCUCAUAGUACAAGGUACUAGUGUCAACUGUCAUUUGCCACGCGAUAAAGGUUAUUCCUGUGAAAAGCCUGAACGAGUAGGCUUCUACUACGAUACGCGACUAGGGGUCUGUCAACCGAUGAUGUUUCGUGGUUGCGGCGGUAACGAGAACCGAUUUGACACAGCAGAAAAGUGCAAAGAACAAUGUAAAGGAAGUAAAGGUAAAGGAAAUACGACCAAUUCAGCGCAGCAAGGAUCAAUAGUACAAGAAUGCAAACUUCUAACGGACGCAAAGUUACCAGACAUGGCCAAAAGCUGUGAUAACGGAUGCGAAGUGGGUUACGCUUGCAAUGAGAACAACAAAUGUUGUCCAAUGAAAGACUACAUCUGCUCACUACCAGCGUCAUCGGGUUCAGAAACAACAACAACGAAACACUAUGGACGUUACGUUUACCAAAGUGGACUAUCGAAUUGUAUACGAUUUAGCUAUUUUGGUAUUGGAGGGAACUUUAAUAAUUUCAAGACUUAUAACGACUGCAAGAAUUUUUGCAUGAAAAAACCUAAAUAA